AUGGAAUACGGAGCAUGUGAGGAGACUGAAGACCAGGCGUGGCAAACCACAGGGGGGCCACCUACCAGGGCUAUUCCAGAGGUGGUCACAGACUACCUCACACAGGCUGGAUUUAUCCAUGUUGCCCGGAUGCGAUAUAUCCAGAUCGAUGCCUCAUUAAUUAGUGCUCUGGUCGAGAGGUGGAGACCAGAGACACAUACAUUCCACAUGACGCAAGGUGAGAUGACUAUCACCUUACAGGAUGUGGCCGACAUAUUGGGAUUGCCCACUGAUGGUAUUGUCGUUGUCGGAUCUACAAAUGAGGAUUGGCCCGUUGUUUGUGCUGCUGCUUUUGGCGCGGUUCCAGAGGCCAAUGAGUUCCAUCAUUCAGGUGACCUCCGCAUCUCAUUCUUAGAUCGGUUAUAUACCCGGUGGACUGAUCAUGCUGGGGAUCAUGAUCGCGAGAUAUAUUUCACAAGGGCGCACAUUGCCCACAUGUUGGGGUGUUGGUUGCUGGCGGACAAGUCUGGAGGUAGCAAUAUCGGUUGUCAGCUAGUCCCAUUGCUUGUGGGAAGAUUUGAUGAGAUUGGCCGUUUCAGCUGGGGAUUUGCGGUUCUGGCACACUUGUUCAGGAAUUUGUGCGAGUGUAUAGAUGUCGGUCGAUCUGACAUGGGUGGUUGCCAUAUUCUUCUUCAGAUUUGGGCAUGGAUACGAUUCCCAUCCAUUGCUCUACCCCUUCCUCCUUAUCCAGAGCCAGACACGUAUUAUGGACCUCCGACCUUCAAGAUCGUAGGCACGCGACCACUUUUCCUUAGGGAUGGCAUCAAUCCACUCAGCAAUUUGAGGACUACUUUCAUGGAAGCUCGCAAGAUUCCUUUCAAAAUCAACUAUGGCCGGAGUAUAGCCUGCACGAAUUGGACAUCAUCGAUUUAA